GCAAGUUAGCAGCAGCAGCAGCAGCGCAGUGCCAGCAGCAGCAGCAGCCACGGACAGGCAGCCACAUAGCACACAGAGAGAAAGACGAUAGAUUUUUUUUCUCUUCCGGACGCGAUCGUCCCUCUCUUUUUCUCUCUCUCUCUCUCUCUCUCUCUCUCUCUGUCAACCCCCAUUCCUCUGUGUCUGUGCAAAGUGUCCGGGCUCGAGGCGAGUCGGCAGCCAGUGUCGAAGCACAGGGCCGCGCAGCAGCAUUCGCUGUUACGACCUUGUAGUGAGAAUGUGUUGCUGCUGAGAGUGCGUCGAUACUCAGCUCGAGAGUAUACGCACGGGCACCGACCAACAGGCAAUUCCAAGUGACAAGUGCUCCAAGUCAACCUCACACUGCCGCUCGCUCGCUCAAGCUUUUGACAAGGGAACAAGGAUCGCAAGCUCUAAUCGAAAAAUUGAAAAAAUUUCAGGUUCAGGUAAAAUUGAAGUGAGGAUGCUCAAAAGGUUUAAUAAAAUAAAGAAGAGGCACGCGCAGAUUGAAAAAAUGCCCUCGAUAGUGAAGAGGCAGGUGCCGGGCGGGCAAGCGCCGUCGCUGCAGCCUUCGCCAGCGCUACCGCAGCCGGCGGAACAGCAGCCCGCGCCCGCGCCCGCGGCGAGCCCGCAAGGAGGAUCGCCACAGCAACCGGCACAGAAUGUCGAAUCCCCGGGAGUAGCGGCACCAGUGGCACCAGCGGCAGGGGCAGGCGCGGCCGCCGCCCCCGGGGCAGGAGCAGUGGCAGGGCUGGGCGCUGCCGUAGCUAGCACACUUCCCACCAUCGGCAAAAACACAAACGAAGAAGCGGGUAAUACAACACCGUCGGACGAAAUAAGCACGACGACUGUGGCCAGCACAGUCGACAAGAUCGAGAGCGUGGUCAAGGAUAUCAGUGAAUCUACAAAUAUGUCUACUGCCACUGUUGUCGCCAUAAUCAUAGUAGUGAUCCUGUUGAUACUCGGUGGCUGUGGAUUCUGCAUAAGAAGAUUCUUCCGUAAGCGACGCUCAAAGGAUGGCAAGAAAGGCCUCAAGGGUGCGGUCGAUCUCAAGUCCGUGCAACUGUUGGGUAGCACGUACAAGGACAAGGUUCAGCCGGACAUGGAGGAGCUUACCGACAAUAUUGAGGAGCCUGACGAAGCAGAGAGCAAGCAGAGCGAAGUCAAACUUGGUAGACUACAGUAUAAGCUGGAGUACGACUUCAAUUCGAAUAGCUUAUCGGUGACGGUGCACAAGGCAGAGGAUCUUCCGGCCCUUGAUAUGGGCGGUACAUCCGACCCUUACGUCAAGGUCUACCUUUUGCCCGACAAGAAGAAGAAGUUCGAGACGAAGGUUCACAGGAAGACGUUGAAUCCCGAGUUUAACGAAACUUUCGUGUUCAAGGGUGUGCCGUACGCAGAUGCCAUGAACAAGACUCUGGUGUUCGCAAUCUUCGACUUUGACAGAUUUUCGAAGCACGACCAAAUCGGCGAGGUGAAGGUGCCGCUCUGCCAGAUCGACCUGGCGCAAACGAUCGAGGAGUGGCGAGAGCUGCAGAGCGUCGAGGGCGAAGGAGGACCGGACAAUAAACUCGGCGACAUCUGCUUCUCGCUGCGAUACGUGCCGACUGCCGGCAAACUGACGGUGGUUAUUCUGGAGGCGAAGAACCUGAAGAAAAUGGACGUCGGCGGUCUGUCCGAUCCAUACGUGAAGAUCGCCCUGAUGCAGAACGGCAAACGGCUGAAGAAGAAGAAGACGUCCAUCAAAAAGUGCACUCUUAAUCCAUACUACAACGAAUCAUUCACCUUCGAAGUACCGUUCGAGCAGAUUCAGAAAGUGAAUCUGCAAGUGACCGUGGUGGACUACGAUCGUAUCGGCACAUCCGAGCCCAUCGGCAAAGUCUUGCUGGGUUACAAUGCAAGUGGUACUGAGUUGCGGCAUUGGUCGGACAUGCUGGCGUCGCCGAGGCGUCCGAUUGCCCAAUGGCAUACGCUCAAAGACCCCGAAGAUGGGGACAAGAAGGACUAAGAUGGUUCUAAAUCCAACUAAAGGAAGAAGAAAAAGAUGCAUGCUAACGAAGAAGAAAUACCGAAGAGUGAGUUUAAAGAGCAAGUAAAAUACUUGAUAUAGGCAUUAACUAAACGAUCAUAUAUAAGAAUAAUCGAAGAAAAAAUGAAUGGAUAAACCAGACAAAACAAAAAAGUAUAACAAUAAGAAAAUAUUCCACCAUCACGAUAAAUAAAAAGAGUUAGCGUUAACGAUAUGUUCUCAUGGAGUGUAGUGUCUUGUAUAUACACAUUACUAUUACCAGCUAUACUUCUCUAUCUGUAGUAUGUAACGGUUAUGAGUUAUAUAAUAUGAUUAUUUAGGAGAAAAAUCAAGAUUAAAAGAAAACUAAAUGAGAAGUCGUGCAAUGCGCGCGCGUUCUUUUUUAACGAAGACACGGGCAUGGCAAAACGCAUUGCAAAUCUACUAGAAGCAUUCCAAAGAGUUUUUUCUUUGUCUAUCGUACGUCAUUCUCACUAAUUUGCCGUUUUUAUUUAUUAGUUCGUUGAUCAGUCAAACGAGAUGAUGUCGACUUUUAAGAAAAACCACGAAAGUUUACGAUUGUAUUUCACCUGUAUUACUUAAUGUAAAAUAUACGGGUUAAGAGUAAGAAACAAGUACAGUUGCUUAUCUUUCAUUCUUUCCUAUCUCUUCCUGUUUUCUUCUCGAACAGCGUCAAUGCUUUUGUCUGCUUUGUCUUCGUUGCAACGUGAGCGUGUGGAUGUGUGAGACUAUCAAACAAAUUGAUACACGCGAUACCAUUAACAACAAUAAGAAAGAAAAAAAAAGAAUAGAAAAGGAACUGGAUCGAAAGAAACUAAAUGAGAAAAAAUAAUAAAACAGUAAAAACUUAUUGCUACACUCACUCAGAGAGUUUGCGUCUCAAAAGUGGAUUCGUCGACAAUAUAUACAUAUUAUACAUAUUAUAUAAUUAUAUUUGCUUCUCGUAUUAAGCGAAAUCUCGUCGCAGCGCUGCGUCGCACGACAAACAAUUUUUAAUUACAUUCGGUAUCAAUGUCAAGAUUAUCAAGAGGAAGAACACGAAUAAGGCCUAUUACAGAAUAUUGUUUCUGAGAUACGGGUCAACUUCUUGGUGUUUUUCCGUCUAUGUUUUUUCAUUUUUUGACUUCGCAGCGCUGCUGGCGAUCGACCGGCCUGUAAAUUUCGCGAAGUUCGUGCAAGCAAAGGGAGUGGGGAAAAAAAAACUGAGUUGUCUUCUGUCGAAAAAAGCGUAAAACAGAAACGAAUGGCACGUAAGAGGCAUGUAAAUUCAUUUUAAAAAAAAAAUCUCUUUAGCAGCUCGCGGAGCAUUUUUCUGAAAGAGAACAUGUUUUUGAAGUGUCUUUUCCAUGUUUCUACGUAUCGAGCGUUUCUGCUAGAAUUUUUCCAAAUAAUAAUAACAUAUUCGAGGAAAAAUGAGCCAUGGCGUUUUACCUAAGUAUUUCACGUAUUAUAGUUAUAUUCCUCAUUGUUACAUAUGAUUAUAAUUCUGAUUGAUAUCGACAGGGCGUAUUCAUGCGUAUUAGUCAUUAAUACUUAUAUAAAAGGAAAAACAACAAAAAAUUCUUCUUUGUUAUAACCAAGAAAGAAAUGCCGCGAAAAAUAUAAGAGCAAAAAUUAUAUAUGUAAUUGUAAGGUUGCAAGAUUUAAACAAAGCAAAAAGAUAAAAAAACAAAAAAGGUGUAUACUCAAAUGUGUUGCUGGUGUUAUUGUAAGUUAUAUGAAUUGAGAAAAUCUAUUGUAUUGAGAAAAAACCCGUGAGAAUUAUAGUGCGAAAGUGAGUAUUAUUUGAAAAAAAAUUAAAUAAACAUUCCAGUUGAGAAAAAGAAGAGACCUCAAGUGUCAUAAAGUUCACUAGUUCGUUAUAUUAAUAUCGAUUGUUUUUAAAUUCACAAUAGCGUUCUCCUCAUCUCACGCAUCGCUUGGUGCUUGCGACGUGUACAUUGUUUUUAGCCUGCCGUAAAAGUUACUCCCCAGGCCCUCAUAUAGACAAAGUCACGAUCAGGAGGCUAUAUAGCUUUAUUGCGAUAAGAUGCGCAUUCUGAUCUCUGUGUAAAUACUUCCUCCUUAAGGCUUAUAAAUUGAUAUAAAUAUAUGAUAUCGUUUCACCGCCGACCGUUAUAAAAAACGCGUUGCAAAGCUAUUAUGCAUAUAUGCAUGAAUAUUCUUUGAAUUUUGUAUUUAAAAAAUUGUUUGCGAGCGAACCCUUUUUUAUUGACUGAUUAAUGCCAUAAAAUAUAUGUGUACGUAUAGAUGUUUAUUUCUCAUAUGUGUUUCAUAAAAAAAAAAAGAUGAAUGCCGAUUCCUCCCGCGAAUAAUCUACUACAAUUACCGAGGGCUUUAAAAUCAUUGUAAUAUAACUGAAAACUUACGUAAUUUCGAUUUUUGACCCUAUCAUAGUACUAAACUAUAGACUAAACUAUAUGUUACUUGUCGCGAUCAAUCGACUUUCACACUCAGAAUUUAUGCCGCUAUCACUCUCAUUAAUCCAUUUAAAGAUAUAAAGAAUAUUAUGGCCUUUCGUAUAAAAGCGAUAUUGAUCAUAUACAUACUCACACAUCAAGAAAGAUUACGAGGCGAAACGAUCAAUUGCACGAAAAGGCAAGCGAGAUGAAUAUGAGACUGUCCAUUGAAUGAAGUUGUGUGAGAGAAAGAGCGAUUAUUCGUUGGUACCUGCAUCAAAAGCUUCGUCCGGGAUAGAUUAUUAUUAGAGAGGGUCUAUUUAUUUCUCAUUGAUUCUGUUGCCAUUAUACAGCAUCACGAUUACUUUCGUCGAGUUACUUGUCUUUAUAUAUAUAUAUAUAUAUAUAUUAUGUAAGUUGCCCGAGAGAAAUUGCACGCAUCAAAGGUAAAUAAAGUCAGUAUAAAAAAUAAAUCCAGAGAUGAUCGUUACACGCUAAUAUAACGAAAGACACGAUGUAACUCGCAUAAAAAUCCGUUUUCUGCUCGCCCAAAAACUAGUAUUAUCGCAUUUAAUAAGCGAUGACAAAGCACUCAGGAAAGUUAUAGUGGGCGGGAAAUGAAACCACAAAAUAAAAACGUACGUUCGUAAAGUGGCGCAGAGUAAAAUAUACAGAUUAAAAUAAAAUAGCGCAUUAUAAUGAUAACUACGUAAAGCACGUGCACUUCACAUACGAAAUCCCGUAUAAAUCACAAUCACACCUUCAUGAUCACUCAAUAACGAUCUACAAAGAGAUGAAUGAACGAAAAAAUACAAUUCUAGUUGCCAGACACAGAUCAUUAGUAUAAUUAGUCUUUUAAUCGAAAUCGUCUUCACAGAAAACAACAGCAAACGUUUCUUGUGUCGUCUCUCGUUCGACGAGGAUCCAUAAUAUUCGCGUAAAAAUAGCAUCAUUCUGCACUUUUUUUUCAGCAGUUUACUCGUUGCCCGGGGGACGACCGAGGAAAUAAAAAAACGUCGCCUAAUAAUAGAUCGUGAGAAACAUUUUAAACAUUUUUCAUCAUCAGGACCAAUUAAUCGACUUACAGAAAAAAAUAACGACGAGACAGAGACGAGGAUGGAAAAAGAAUUUGUAUUAGUAGCCGAAUAAAAAAAAUAAAUAAAUAAAAUCAAGUAUCUCAACUAAGCUAUAUAAGAACUCGUGCGUAAGAAAUGUGAAAAAAUUAAUCGCUAAAUAAAAAAAACUACUAUAUUGUAUGCGUAUAUCUACACACGUUAUGACAACCUCGAUCACUUAAACAAUACAAACAAAAAAAGGUUGACACGAAUAUAUAAAUAUGAAAAAAGAACGUAUAGAGGAAUCUAAUUAUUUUUUAACUGUUGUUGAAUUAUUAUCGUAGAGACUAAAGAUUUGUUAAAAAUUCGUUUGGUGAGAUAUAUGUUAACUAUAUGGUUUGAGCGUGACGAUAAAAUAAAAAAUGAAAGAAGCUAAUCGAGACAGUGCAAAACAGACGAAAGAAAAGCAUGGCACAUCGCACACAUUAGACGUCAUAUCACCGAGCAUUAAAUUCUGUAUCGACCUUUCAUAUCCACGUGUAUAAGGGACAUAUACUGCCACAAUCUCACACACACACACACACAUACAUCUAAUCACAUGCAUAUAGAUUGUAAACCUUCGCGAGAGGAGCUUGAUAAACUAUUCUAUCGGGGGCGCCACGCAGAUUAUAAUAGUUAGAGGAACAUUCGCGUAUAUAUAAAGCGUGCAGAAGCAGCAGCAGCAGUAGAUAGAUUUAAAAAUUCUAAUUUUAUUAAUGGAGCAUGCUUUGCUUUGUGGUAGUCGCAAGGAGCGUACUCGAAAUUCACGGAGAAACGAAUGUUGUAUAAUCGAUUUUAACACACCACGUGCCUAAAUACUGAUAAAUACCUCGAUACCUGCGUGCACUCAGCUUUGUUCGGCGAGAGACAGCGAUUCUUUCCGAUUGUUCGUCGUAUACUGUAUCAUUUACAUUUCUUCCCGUUUAUUGUUAGUAAAGAAUAAAAUCUUUACGGAUUUGCUCUCACAACGCUCUUAUUCUUUUCUUCGAGUAACUAAUGAACAGCAAUGACGAGAACAUUGAGACUAAGAUUCAGAGAGUUGUAGCGUUUUCAACGGGAUCUGGACGGAGAAUUAAAAAAAAUACAAACAACAAUGUGCGCGUAAAAAAUAAGCAUCGAAAUCACAUAUAACUUGCCUUCAUGAUACUUCAUGCGCGCGCGUGUAGUUGUGAGCAAAACCAUACAUCGUCAAUCGCACUCAUCAUCGUUGUCACCUACUUAGAUGAUUCUCCAUGAAAGUUUUCGAGUACGCUCCGAUAAAAGUGAAAAAAUCAUCUUCCUGCGUCUUCUUUUGCCUUUGUUUUCGUCGAUACGUAUUGUAGUCUCGAGCGUCGUAGUUUUAAAAGGAAAAAGAAAAUUGAACGAAAGUGCAAUAAUCCAUGCGUCUUGAACGUGCAUUUGAAGAGAAAUUUUACAAUUAUGCGGUGAGAAAACCAUUUCAAAUGCUCGCGCGACUAAGGAACGAGUUCGCGAAAUCUCUCUCGACGCACGAAACAAUUCACACGUCAGGAUUGCGUUUGCUCCUCUGCCAGUUUUAAUAAUAAGGAAAAACAUGAUAUUAGACAUUUUUGCUUGUGACGACUGUGUUUUUUUGCUUCGUACGAGAAGUACCCCGCUAAAAUGACCUACCAUGAACGUAACGUAAUCCAGUCGUAAUACACUUUUGCCCGUGAAGCAGUAGAGACACAGGGAGAGAAACGACAAAAGGACAGUUCUAGUGUACUCGACAAUUGUCGUUUUGCCGGCGGGACGACACAUUUUCCUUCUCGUACAUUUUGUUGUGUGUGUGUCAUACACACGCAUAUAUUUAGCGCAAGAAUUGUGUAAAUAGUUAAAGCAUUUGUAUAUCACAUUUGUUUUCUUAUUUCGUUUAUCAUAAGAAUGGGAAAGGAGGGUUGGCAAAAAUGAAAGAUGAAGUGAAAAGGGUGGUAUAUAGGUGACAUUCAACGUAAAUAUUCCUCAAAUGUAUUUCUGAUUUAUUUUCUUGUUUCAUUAUCUCGCUGUAUGCAACGGUGCGAUGUUUGUCGUUUUAUAUAUCAUUCUUUCUUUUUCGUACGAGUUGACAGUUUUCCAUUAUCCGUCACUUUCUGAAAUCAAGUCGUAAAUGUUUUAUGGGUGUGUGUGUAUACUUGCAUAAGACUAAUAUCACUUGCUUAAUGGAAUGUUCAAAUUGAAAUAUGAAAACUGUCAUUUCGGUUACGUGAAAAAUAAAUUGACAGUAAUCCAUUGUUUUCUUUUUUCUCGCGUGACUGAAAUUCGUAUACGUUAAUUCGUCUGUUGCAAGAAAAUUGCAUCUUCGUGCGAGCUACAAAAAUGGUUUACAGUUCAUUUCUUACAAAAAAGGAAAAUUUCCCCGUGUUUAAUUCGCUAUAUCAUUUCGAUUUGUUCGCUUCCUUACAGAGAUUAUGAAAAAAAAAGAUAAACUGCGACGCCAGACAUGAAAUCCACCUUCCCUGUGUUUAUAUGCAUCUGCCAUGAAUGUCUGUACUAUAGUCGCUUGACGAAAACGACUUUCACCGUAAAGAAACAAAACUGCAGCCAAUGCGAGGAAAAAAGAGAAAUGUAAAUUAAAAGAAAAAUGGAGAAAAAUGAGCGACCUGCAGAAUUUCGAAACAAAUAGCCUAAAAAUCACGUUCUCUACAUCACGAUAUGUUGGAAAAGAAAAAUAAAAGUCAAACGAAUGAAAUAAAAAAAACGGUAGCGUCGCAUGUUCUUAUAGUUGCGCAAACCCAUAUAUAAAACGAGUGUGUACAGAGUUGAAUUUGCAGUUAUCUUCGUUGUUAUAAACCAAGUGUAGAAUCGACAAAUGCGAAUCAUCUUCCGAGUUGUAUCACAAUCUGCGUACGUAUUUCGAAAUUCGCAGCGAUGAAAAGCAGGUUUUCACGGAAAAACCAAAGCGACCCCGCGUGUAAUUGUAUCGGGCCUCUCGUGAUGGGAGUUUGAUAUUAUUUAGCUUUUUCGUUGAGGUAUCUUCGGAUCACAAUUAUUUAUUUGGUACCAAACUUGUAGAAAGCGAUAUCGAGAUAAUUGUUGAGACAGCGAGAGAGAGAGAGAGAGAGAGAGAGAGAGAGAGAGAGAGAGAGAGAGAGAGAAGAA